AAAAUUAAAUUAAUUUAUAAUAAUUUUUAUUAUUUGAUCUUCAUUUACACUUUUUUUUUUGUUGGUUCUAUAAAUUGGCCUCUCAGCACCAUCCCCAACCUCUUCCUUUACUUCCUCUCUUUCUCUCCCUCUCUAAUUCUAGAUCUUAUUAUUGUUGUUAUAUAGCUAUCUAGCAUCUGGGUUUUAAUCUAAUCAUCAUCUGUGUUUUUUUUUCUUUUCCUAAAAUCUGUGGAUGAUGCAUGCUUCAAUCGUCUUUGUUGUUCUUAAUGUUUGAAAUUGAUGUCUCCAGUUCUCAGUGAAAUCCUUCGUUCCGGGUUUAUGAUAAAUUCCUCACUCAGGCGCAGGACCCAUUUAGUUCAAUCUUUCUCGGUCGUCUUCCUCUACUGGUUUUAUGUUUUCUCAUAAAUUACUUCUCACCACCAUUAAUUAUUAUUAUUAUUAUUCAUAUGUAAUAAUAAUCUUAUUAAUUACAACUACUAUAUAGUCUAUACAUAUAUAUUGUACUAGUUAAUCAUCCAUCUUUAGACGUCUUUCGAUUUAUAGCUUACUUAUUACAGCUUAAUUUGCAGUAUCUGGGUCCUGCGUCUUUUUAAAGCACCUAAUCAAAAAAAACCUUUUUUUUUUUUUUUAUAGUUUUCUUCUUACAUAGAAGAUCCAUCACUGAUUUCUCAGAUAUCAUCGUCAUCACUUGGGUUAAUUAUUACUAUUACGUACUACUGUAUAUUUAUAUAUAUAUGGCUUCGUCCAGUGGAAACUCGUCAGGGUCGACUCAGCUUAUUAUGGUUCAGAAUAACUCGGGGUCAGAGGAAGAUUUGAAGGUUUUAAUGGAUCACGAGAGAAAAAGGAAAAGAAUGCAAUCGAAUCGGGAAUCGGCAAGGCGUUCUCGGCAGCGAAAGCAGCAGCACUUGGACGAGUUAAUGGGGCAAGUGGCUAACCUCCGAAAGGAAAACAACCAAAUCCUGACAAGCAUAAGCAUCACCACCCAACACUUGAUGAGCGUGGAAGCCGAGAACUCAGUGUUGCGAGCCCAAAUGGAGGAACUCGGCCAGAGGCUGCAGUCCCUAAACGACAUCCUAAACUACAUCAACGACGUGAAUAGUGGCGGCGGUGGUGGUGGUGGUGGUGUAGUUCAGCUUCACAAUAACAUUGUCGAAUAUGGUCAUAAUCAUCAUCAUAACCAUAACCAUUACCAUGAGCCUCUUCUUCAUCAAACGACGAUGAGAACAGCUGCAGAUCAUAGUUUUAUGUUGGAGCAAAUGAAUAUGGUCCGCCUUAACCAUCCCAUGGUGGCCACUGCUGAUAUGUUGUUCUAUUAAGCAACAAAACAAGUACAGUACUAGCUAUAUCAUCACCAGCCCCCCUCUCCUUUUUGGCUCCACAAAUUAAGCUCAAAUCAAAUUACUCUCAAACGUACCCAUAUGGGUGGGUCAUCAGUCUCCUUUUGUCUUGUGGGUGCGGUUGUGUUUGUUUAAUUAAUGAGGGAAGAUCAGAGGAAAAUUAAGAAUAGGUUAGGGUGUAUUUUUAUAUAUAUUUAUACAUCUUUAGAGUAUGAUAUUAGUUUGAUUAGCACAGCUAGGUGAUCGGUAAUGUGUCAAUCGUAAUUAUGAUCAAAUAUUUGGAGAAGGAAAAAAAAAAAAGUUCUCCAUAAUAGGGCCCCAAUAAUAAAUGGGUCCUUUGAUAUGUAAAGUAAAGGUAAUUAUGGAUCAAGUGGUGUGAAAGGCUAUAUAAUUAUUAAGUACCAAUAUUGGCAUUGUCUC